CGCCGUGCCCUGUGUUCCUUCUUGUUUCAGAGGCGGAUCCUCGAUGGGAGCCUGGGCUUUGCUGCGGGGGUCAUGCUGGCCGCUUCCUACUGGUCCCUCCUGGCCCCGGCUAUCGAGAUGGCUGAGGAGUCCGGCACCUUUGGAGCCUUUGCCUUCCUCCCCGUGGCCGUGGGCUUUGUUCUGGGAGCAGCUUUCGUGUACGGGGCCGACCUGCUCAUCCCGGUGCUGGGUUUCAGCGGACCCCCCCACGCGGCAUUUGCCUUGAGCUACGACCCACGAGCGGCGAAGGAGAAAUACGAGCACGACCCUGCCUCUCGCCUGGACUACGAGAGCGAGUUGUCCAUCCGGAUAGACAAAGGUGAAAACGGGGAGCCGUACCAGCGGAGGAAGGGCGCAGGGACCAGCUCUCCCGACGGCCCCCCGCCGUUCCCCGUGCCCAAGGACAGCGCCCCGACGGGCGGCAGCAGCAGCAGCUGGAGGCGGAUUCUGCUGAUGAUCCUCGCUAUAACCAUCCACAACAUCCCAGAGGGCCUGGCCGUGGGAGUCGGAUUCGGGGCUGUUGGAAAAUCGGCGUCUGCCACCUUCCAAAGCGCCAGGAACCUGGCGAUCGGGAUCGGCAUCCAGAACUUCCCGGAAGGCCUCGCUGUCAGCCUGCCUUUACGCGGAGCGGGAUUUUCGACGUGGAAGGCGUUCUGGUACGGGCAGCUGAGCGGCAUGGUGGAGCCCUUGGCUGGCGUCUUCGGUGCCUUCGCCGUGGUGGUGGCAGAGCCUCUCCUCCCCUACGCCCUGGGCUUUGCGGCCGGAGCAAUGGUCUACGUGGUCAUGGACGAUAUCAUCCCCGAGGCGCAGACCAGCGGCAACGGGAAGCUGGCUUCCUGGACCUCCGUGCUCGGCUUCGUGGUGAUGAUGUCCCUGGACGUCGGCCUCGGGUAGGGCAGCUCGCUGCUCCCCGCGGGAAGGCUUCUCACCAGCGGCCGUGGUGGCUUUGGGGACUGGACGCGCGUUAUCCUCGAGACUUUUUUUGUACAUGAUUAUUAUUUUUUGGAUCUGGUUUGGUGUUAAUUCCCUAUGAUUUGGUCUGCCUGCUCCCCCCCAACAUCACGUCGAUGGUUUUAAAAGCACAAACGUGGGUGGCUCGGUGCGGGUCCUGCUUUCCUUUCGCCACCAGAUUUUGUUUCCCCCAGAGGGCUGAGACGCGUCGGCCGGGCUGCAGGUCCCGCUUUACUUUUCCUUCAGUUCUGGGGUGGUUUCUCUGAUCAGGUCGGUUUUGAUCAUCCUCGGUCUGUAGAAGGUCAGGAAUUCACCGUCGCAUGCUUCAGCUGCUCUGCGGUUACGUCCCAAGGCAUCCGAAUGAAGAAAAAUCCUCAAUUUCCACCCGCGGUUCUGGAAGGCAGGUGGAAGAAUUAGGGCUAGGAUAACACGGGCAGCACCCGGUGGGGCAGCAGGUCUGACACGUCCCACUGGUCCUGGGCAAUAUUUUAGGGCUUCAGGUGCUUCGACGGAUGCAGAUAGUCCAAGCAAAUAAAAAAUGAUUUUUCUUGGUAUCUCUGCGAGAGGAAAAUACUGCUUUUUUUCCUCAACUGAUUUCCUAAGCAGGGCUCUGUUCCAGUGCAUCGUGGCUUGUCCGAUACCCAGAGGGUUUUCUGAGGAAAAAAAAA